AUUCAAAGGCAUUGAGCCACCAUUCGAUGAAUUUACCACUGAUUUCUCUUCUUGAGCUUGUUUUUGUGGCUUACUUUCAAGUUUUACGUGGUGAUGUGAACCAUGGUAGUAGCAUCAGUGUAUCAUCAUCUACUGCAAAAAUGGUACGACAAUGCUCCAUGCGUGGUGUAUGUGGACAUCGUGGUGAUAUGCAUCAAACAUGUCCUUAUCAUGGAUCACCUUUACGUAUAUCCGUGGAAAAACAUCAUCAAACGUUGAAAUCAUUGUGUCCACAUCUCUUCCAAGGAGGCAAUGAAGAAUUUUGCUGUGAUGAAAAGCAGGUGGCAUUAUUGGAUACGCAAAUGACACUGCCACGACAAUUCCUGGCGCGAUGUCCAAGUUGCUUGAUGAAUUUUAUACAGCUAUGGUGUGACUUCACGUGCUCACCAAACCAGGCGAAUUUUGUACGGGUCAUUGCAUCUACCGAUGAUUUAUAUCUCGUGGAAAACAAAACGCAGUACGUCACAGAAGUUGCUUAUUACGUACGAGACAGUUACGCAGAUGGAUUAUUUCAAUCAUGCAAAGAUGUUCGAGCGAUUGGAACGGAUUAUGCACUUAGUUUCAUGUGUGGCGUAAGCAUCACCGAGUGUGACAUAUCCCGGUGGUUCACUUUCUUAGGUACAUACAACGAGGAUAUCGGUGUACCCUUUCAUAUCAAUUUCAUUCCUACUCCUUCCUUGCUCGAAUCCGUAAAAGAAGGUCAACUAAACGUUUCAAAUGUUACAGUGUUUGACAUUAACCCACCUACCACACGGGUGUUUCUCUGUUCAGAAGCAGCUCAUCCUAGUGGCUCUCCAUGUUCCUGUCAGGAUUGUCCUCAGUCUUGCGUUGCCGAAUCACCUUUUCCUUUUAUCACACAGGGAGAAUGUCAUGUCGCAUCAUUUGAUUGUAUGCUAAUUUUAUCACUUUUUGGAUUUGGUGGAUUAUGCUUUGCGGUACUUUUUUUCGCGGUAAUGCAUUAUAGCUUGAAAAGAAGUCAGGAUAGCGAUUUAAGUGAUUUUAAACCAACCGGUGGAACAUUAGAUGAUGCUGACCUAGGUACAAUUGAUACAUUGGGAUCAUGGAUCGAGUCACAACUUGAAUUGAUUUGCGCUCAUUAUGGAGAGCUAUGCGUUAAACACCCGUUAGCGGUAUUUAUGUUUGGUAUACUUAUUGCGGUACUUUGCUCAAGUGGUAUGCUCUUUGUUCGUUUCACUACAGAUCCGGUAGAACUUUGGUCAUCCUGGAGUAGUAGAGCACGUAGCGAGAAAUACUUUUUUGAUAACGAAUUCGGACCAUUUUAUCGCAUGGAACAAUUGAUCAUAUACCCACGAGAUCAGUCAUUCUGGCCACAUGAAAAUCAGUCGGACUUAUUCGAACUUGGCUUCUAUGGCCCAGCACUACGAAAAGCAUUCCUUCAAGAAGUAGCACAGCUGCAAGAAGCGGUGACAGAUUUGGUCGCAAUAGCAGAAGACGGUCGUAAGGUGACACUUACUGAUGUGUGCUACAAACCGAUGAUACCUGAUAAUCAGAAUUGUGCAAUCAUGACUGUACUCAAUUAUUUCCAGAAUAAUAUGACACUUCUGAAUCAGACAAGCGUGGAUGACUGGAGUGGUUCACAGUUUGAUUAUCUGGAUCAUAUCAUGACAUGCGCUCAGAAUCCGUAUCAGACAAUCACUCGGCUCGGUAUCCCCUGCUUAUCUGCAUUUGGUGUACCCAUUCAACCGUAUGUUGUGUUGGGUGAAUUCAACAGUAGUAAUCAAUGGGAUAGUGCAAGGGGUAUUGUUAUCACAAUUCUUUUGAACAAUCAUAUCACCGCUGCGGAAAAUAAGUAUGCUGCUGCAUGGGAAAAAGUAUUUAUCCUUUAUCUUCGGAAUAUUUCGCAUCAAAACUACGCGAUAUCAUUCAUGGCCGAACGUUCUAUUCAGGAUGAAAUAGAUCGAGAAAGCCAAUCGGAUGUCUUCACCAUACUUAUCAGCUAUAUCUUCAUGUUUGCUUAUGUUGCAUUCGCACUAGGGCAAUAUCAGGUGACCGGGAACAAUUUGGCCACAUUACUUGUCCAUUCGAAGAUAAUGCUUGGUGCUGCGGGUGUUAUAAUUGUUGCCUUAUCAGUCACAUCAUCCAUUGGCUUAUAUGCAUUCUAUGGCAUCCCUGCAACGACAAUUGUCUUGGAAGUGCAACCAUUUCUAGUACUUGCCGUAGGUGUCGACAACAUCUUCAUUUUUGUACAUGCCUAUCAGCGAGCCGAGGAACCUUUGUCGGAACCAUUACAUUUGCGAAUUUCACGUAUAAGUGGCGAAGUGAUACCGUCUAUGCUUCUAUCAUCGCUCUCCGAAUGCUUAUGUUUCUUCGUCGGAGCAUUAUCUUCAAUGCCUGCUGUCAAGGUAUUUUCGCUAUAUGCAGCUUUAGCGAUAUUUUUCAACUUUUUCCUACAAAUAACCUGUUUCCUUGCUAUAUUCAUCGUUGACGUGCGACGUGAAGAGGAUGGUAGGCCAGAAAUAUGUUGUUGUCGUCAGAUAACAACCGUUGAAAGUGUUAACAAUGAUGGUUAUAUGUUGUACCUGUUCAGUAACUACUACGCACCUUUUCUGCUAUCAAAAUUCGUUCGAAUUAUUGUGAUAUUUUUAUUUGCUGGUUGGCUGUGUAGCUCAUUCGCAGUGAUAGGCAAUAUACCGCUUGGAUUUGAUCAAAAAAUGGCAGUUCCCGAGGAUUCGUAUGUUUUUUCCUAUUUCAAAUCGAUGGAUCGAUUUCUGUCAGUUGGUCCACCAGUGUAUUUUGUCAUCAAAGGUGAUUUGGAAUUCAGUGAUCCUUAUGAACACAACAAAAUUUGCUCCGGUUCGGGUUGUGCCACUGAUUCAUUGGGUGCUCAAAUCGCCCAUGCCGCACGGUGGUCAAAUAGAUCUUAUGUAGCUUAUCCAGCAAUGAACUGGCUCGACGAUUACUUCGACUGGUUACAACCCUUCGGUGAUCCACCAUGUUGUCGGAUGUUCCCCAAUGAAACCUUUUGCUCCUCCAUCGAGAAUUCAGAAAACUGCAUCCCUUGUAACGUGGAGUUUCUCGAUGGUAGACCUCGCUCAGACCUGUUUUAUGAUCAUCUCACGCACUUCUUCUCCAAUAAUCCAAGUACCAAAUGUGCCAAAGGAGGUCAUGCAGCAUACGGUUCAGCCGUUAAGUUAUCUAGGCGUGGCCGAAUCUUGUCUUCGCAUUUCAUGACGUAUCAUACAGUUUUGAAAACUUCAUCAGAUUUCAUAAAUGCCAUGACUAGUGCUCGCCGUAUUGCUGCCAACAUCACAGCUAUGUUAAACAAAGACAGGGAUGGACGAUGUCCUAUAGAAGUAUUUCCGUACAGCGUAUUUUACGUUUUCUAUGAGCAGUAUACGACGAUAGUAAUGGAUGCAUGCAUCCAGCUAGUACUCUCCUUAGUAGCUAUAUUUGCGGUCACAACAGUGCUUCUCGGCCUUGAUCCGUGGUCUGCAUUCAUAAUUGAUCUUACAAUAAGCUGUGUUCUGUUUGACUUAAUUGGUCUCAUGUAUUGGUGGAGUAUUGAUUUCAAUGCUGUUUCUGUUGUUAAUCUUGUCAUGACAGUGGGAAUAUCGGUGGAAUUCUGUUCGCACAUCGUUCGAUCAUUUGCACUAAGCGUUCAUCCGGAUCGUUUGAUGCGUGCUCGGCAUUCUCUUGCAAGUAUGGGAUCAUCGGUCCUCUCUGGAAUAACACUUACAAAGUUUGGCGGAAUACUGGUCCUCGCAUUUGCACAUUCCCAAAUUUUCAAAAUAUUUUACUUCCGUAUGUUCCUUGGCAUUGUACUUAUUGGAGCAUCACACGGUCUCAUAUUUUUACCUGUUUUACUCAGCUAUAUCGGACCACCGAUGAAUAAGCGCAAACUGAUCAUGAAGACACGAUCAGAAAGUUGCUGCAUAAAUGACUGUAGCGGUACAGUAACGAAAACAUGUCUCACGAAGCACUGUGAUCCUUCACCACUUCCAGAUGUUUUCUAGACAACCCUAUCUUUAAUUUCUUCACUGGUGCAUUCCUUCUAGUCUCUUACUUUCGUUCAUUUUCUAGGCUUUAUUCAGGUUCUCUCCUCGAUUAGUAGUGUUUUUUCUCUCGGUAGUCUAAAAUUUUGCAUAAGAAUAAGAAGCAAAGUAGUAUGAGUUGUAAAUUUCUUUUUUGAAAUAUCCUCAUCUAAUUUCGUAUCAGUCACAUCAUUACAAUAUCAAUAAAGCUGAAGUUA